GAUCUUUUCAAGUAAAAAAACACGACAAUACUAUAGACAAACAAAAAGGGUUUAACUUGAUUAUUUACAUAAUACUAACCAAAAAAACAACAUGGGUCAUAAGUCAUUUGACACACACACACAUCAUUCGUCUAUGAAAAAGUGGUUGUCUUUCAUCAGAUUCUGAACAAAAAGAAUUCUUGAUUUAUUCAAUAAUAAGAGAGCACACUGGGUGUGGUGAGUGUAAAGAAGAAAGAUGGUGAUGCAAUCUUGGUCAACAGAUUUCUUGCCCUUUUUGGCAAUGGUGAUUGUGGAAUGUUGUGAAAUGUUGAUGAUUACACUUGGUAAAGCAGCGAUGAAUGAUGGACUCAACAAUCUUGUUUAUGUUGUUUACUAUAAUGCCCUUGGUACUCUUUUUCUUCUUCCUUGCUUAAUCUUCCGCAGGCGCAGAAGCAAUAUGGUUCCUAUUACUUUGCCUAUAUUGUGGAGAUUCUUCCUUCUUGGCCUGUUGGGAAUAUGUUUGGUGCAGGCCAUGGCCUUUACAGGAAUUAAAUACAGCACUCCUACUCUGGCAGCUGCUUUAGGGAAUUUGAUGCCAGGUUUUACAUUUUUGCUUGCCAUCAUUUUCAGGAUGGAGAAGUUAGAUAUAAGAAAAGCCAGCAGUCAAGCAAAAUCUGUGGGAACCAUAGUAGCAAUUAUAGGGGCAUCCAUCAUGACUCUAUACAAAGGACCAAGAGUGGUAGGAUCAAAUUUACCUUCUGAUUCAUCUCAUCACGCGUUAGUACUUUCUCAAGAAUCAAAUUGGAUACUAGGAGGUCUUCUGAUUACCACCACCUGCAUCAUGUCUUCUGGAUGGAACAUUCUUCAGACAGAUACUGUGAAGAAAUACUCCGAACACAUGACAAUAGUUUUCUUCACUUGCUUCUUUGGGAGUAUUCAAUGUGCGAUUUUAACUCUGGCAUUAGAAAGCAAUCCAAAGGCAUGGAUGGUGAAGCCUGGGAUUGGGAUGAUAGCCAUUGUUUUCUCGGCGGUUUCUGGAAAUGUCUUUCGUUACAACGUUUUGACAUGGUGCUUGGAUAAGAAAGGUCCUCUUUAUGUAGCCAUGUUCAAGCCCUUGGGAAUGGUCAUAGCAGCAAUCAUGGGGAUCACAUUCCUUGCAGAUCCACUCUAUUUAGGAAGUGUUAUUGGAGCAGUUAUUAUAUCUGCUGGAUUUUAUUCUGUGCUGUGGGGGAAGGCUAAGGAGAUCAAGUCCCUGCUUGAGGUUGAGGACAUUGUUUGUGUUAUUGACUCACCAAGCCAAAGAAGCCCUCUAUUGCGCAAGUAAACAACUAGAAAAACCACAAGAUCAAGCACUGUGAGGUGAGAGAGCCUUUUAUGUGGCCCUAGCUAUUCUUUCACAAGUAUUAUUUGAAUGCACGCACUUAGUGCUGCUUAACUUUAUACGAAGAAGAUAAAGGCCGAUUGGAUGAGGCGUCUCAUAAAAGAGAGAAAUUAGCCCCGAGUAGACAAGUAACUAAUAUAGAAGCGGAUUCAAGAUUUAAACUUGAUAGCAUCCAAUCUUAAUUUAUGUUCUUCACCAAACUUACAAUUAUCAAUCUUAGAAUGAAAUAUAGUUUAAAGUUUAGUUUUUUUUACCUAUAUAUAUGCUACAUGCUAAAAGAUAAAGUUGGAUUCAA